AUGGCAGAUACUGCUAGAAAGAGUUUCAUCCUAAGUUUGAAAAGACUUAAAUUUUUCUUUAAUAAUCUGAGGGAGUAUGAAGAGGGGCUUGAGAACAGAGCAGAUAUACAGUCAUGUUCCCCAGAUUAACUAAAUGAAAAAAUCAUCCCAGUGGCGAAGUACAUGGAAGAGGCUACCAAAGCAAUAGUCGAGAGUAAAAAGUUUAUAGACUUGAUAGAAGAAUAAGAAAAUGGUAAACUUGAGAAAUUACUGUCAGAAAAGCAAAUACUGGUAGAUCAAGAAGAAACAGAGCUAAAUGAAUUGAAAGCCUAAAUAGAGCUAGUCAAAAUUUAAAUCAAGUUAAAGGAGCAAGAAGAAAAGAACAUUAGAGAUAAGAUUGCCAAUGAAUAAAAAACUACACAGCUCAAAGUUAAGAAACUAGAUCUAAGUAUUUAGGAUAUCAUUGACACACAGAACUCUGAGCAAGACCUCAUUCAGGGUAAAAUAAAUCAUUUGGAGGCGAAGAGAGACAAAAUUCUCUUUGAAUAUCAUAGAGUGCAAUAGCUUCAUUAGAAAUCUCAAGAAAAAAACAAAUUCUUAUACUUCUUUCCAUCCAAAGUCUAUAAUUAGAAAGAGCGUAUAAUGAGGAAAAAGGAGGAAUUAAAGCUUUAUCAAUCAAUCAUAGAGGAGUCGAUCAGUUUUUUCGCUGACAAGAUAGAUGAAAACAAAGCCAAAAAUGUACUAGUCAGACAGAUGAACAACGAAGUGCACUAGAUUAUAGAAAAUGUGCUUGAUUAGGAGAAACAGUUCUUCGAAAGUGAUACACAAGAUAAACUUAAAACUCCACCUUUUGUAAUGGUUAAGAGAAUUGAUAGGGAUUAAAAUGCUAAAUGA